AUGUCUACCUCGGCCGCUUCGGCCGCUUCGGUGGAGCUCGGCGAGCCGCUGCGCGAGCCACUCCCGUCCCUUUCCUUGCUUCUCUCCAUCGACGACCUCGCCGAGUCGAUCGCGGCGCCGUGCGGCCUCGCCACGCUCACGGCGCUCGCCGGAGCCUCGCGCUCAGCCAGGGCGGUCUCUCGGCGACUGAUCCGAAACUCCGAGUGGGCCGUCACCCACGCCGGCUCUCUCGACAGCGCAGCAUGGAUUUGCGCCCACCGCCAGCCCGAGCAACGUCUACUGCCGCUCGGAUCCGCUCCCGCAGCCUCACCGUGGGCGUGCAGCGGCAUCGCCUGCGCCGCCGUCUCUGGCGCAUGGGUCGCCUCAGGCGGCGGUGACCUUCUCUGCCGCGUGUGGAGGCGCGGCUCGCGGCUGGGCGAGCCGCUCGCUCUCCAGCACUCGGAUGAGGUGUCGUGCCUGGCGCUCGACGGCAGCCGGCUCGCCAGCGGUUGCCGAGACGGCACUAUUCGCCUAUUCGAUUUGUCGGUAGCAGAGACGGCGGCGGAGGCGGCAGCCGGAGCCACCUUGGCCCAUCGGCACUCGACCGGAGAAGACGACGGUGCGGCGGUGCUGUGCCUCGUCUUUCCGCGGGCCGGCUCCCUCCUCACCGGCGGGGCGGACCGCCGCCUCCGCCUCUGGACGACAGACAGCGGGCUGGCUGCGGCCGGGGCUGUGGCGGUCGAGGCGGCCACUCCCGCCCUCGCGGCGGCGGACGGGCUCGUCGUGAGCCCCGCGGCGGACCACUCCCUCGAGCUGCGUGAUGCGGACUCGCUCGCCUUCCGAGGCGCUCUCGUCGGCCACGCGCGGCCCGUGCUCGCCGUCGCGAUGGCCCCCGGCCGUGUGGUGAGCGGCGGCGGCGACGGCCGCCUCUGCGUGUGGGCGCUCCGCGCGUGCUGCGGUGAGGCGGGCGUGGCGGGGGAGUGCCUGUACGAGCUCACCUCGGGGCGAGGCCGCGUGCCCGUGCUCGCGCUCGAGGGCGACCUCCUCCUCGCGGCCGGCGGCGGCACCGAGGGCGUCUGCGUUUGGGACCUCGCCGGCGGACGCUGCGCGGCCAGGCUCGGCCGGCGCUUUGGCGGCGGCACGCGUGGCAGCGUGAGCGCCCUCGCGCUGAGCGGGCGAGGCGCCGUUCUAGGCGACACGCAAGGACACACCGUCCUCAUCGAGUGCCCCCCACUGUGCUCAUAG